AUGAACUCUUUCUCUCCUCGAGAUUUCCAGGAGUGGGUAGAUCGACGCCAAAGCACCCAAUCUGCCUCCACCGUGUCGUCUGCGUCAACGAGCAUUCUCUUCCCGAGCCCUGCGACAUCUCCAGGGUCCAGCUCGAGGAAGCAAUCCUGGCAGUUCUACGAUGAGGUCGUGCGGCUUGAGCUGACUCCUUCCGUGCAAAUUUCCUUUCUCAGAAACGGCCAGCUAUUUAAGCUGAAAUACACAUUCAUCGAUAUCUGCAAGGACUCAACGGGCGCAUUAAAGUGUCUCGAGCUCGGGGGAGGACUAGGCCAGCAAACCCCUUUCAUUCAUGGUUUCUCCAAUACGAAACUACCAGUCCCCCACCUAGAGCAUCCAAAAUCAGGCGACGAUUACCCUCUUCGCGUGUCCUUCAUGGACCAGCAAACUGUCCAAACGUCAAGCACGGUAUUCUUGACACAGCUAUCAUAUAAAUUUGAUCACUGGGAUGAUUGUGUACGAUUUCAAGAACUGCUGCUUGGCUCCAAGUUGAUAUUUAUCGGCGGCAUGGCCGAAGCCAAGUCUAAAGGCCGGGGUGAAGAGUGCAUCAGCCAAAAUCUUCGCAUCCUCCGCGGGCAUAACGGGAAACGUGUGAUGCUGUUCUUUGCGAACUCGCAACGGAGGGAGCUCAAACGAUACGUUUCCAUACCCCUAAACUGUAUCGGUUCAAUUAAACCCCCGAAGAAGGCCGGGCGGCCAGCCCUACUUGAUCUAAGUCCGAACUUCGAGAUUCUGUGUCAAAUGAGAAAUCUUACGAUUCAGUUUCUUGACGAUGAUGACUGCGCAACAUUUUGUCAGAUGUUGUCAUACGACCUCACGAUUGGAUGA